UCCGUUGCAGACCCAUCAGCCUCCUGACACAGACUUGCACGGACACUGCAGUGAGCUCCAGACCUGGGUCUGACCUCUUCAGUCUCCAGCCUGCAGACACCCUCUGCACGCUUCCUCAUCCAACUCUGUGGCUGACCAUUCUGGAAAAUACUGAAGCCUCUUGGAUGCCAGGAGCAGACAGGACACCAGGAAAAAUCAGUCAUCUGAAUCUGUAGCCCAUGCACUGGGGCUCAGCUCUUCCACCUGGACCAGACCCCAGAGGCAGUAGAAACCAUAAACGGACACAGGAUCCUAUAUGCAAAUUUCUCAGAGAUGGAAGAAAAAUGCCCGACAUAUGCACAGGUGAAGAAACCUCUUACUUCCAAGAAGCACAAGCAAAAGAAUAACACAAAAGUGCAGCCAAUUUACUCAGAAGUGGAGGAAUAUUCUUUAUGCACCAACCAAACAAACAUACAAACUGAAUCAGCUGAAGAAAAAGAGCCUUCAGUUCCCUUAGCCUGGUGCCUCACAGUGUUGAUUCUUGCUGGCUCAUGUUUCAUUCUCCUUCUGACAACCGGAUUUUUGGGUUUCAAAGUUUUACAGUGUGACCCAAAGCCUAAUCUGAAAAAUGCAACACAAGAGGAUGAAUCCCCUGUCCAAAGCCUGCCAGGCACAUCGGAACAAACCAGCACAGAAAAGGACAAGAGAGCACAUAAAGUUAAUUGGUCAUGUUGUGGAGAGAGCUGUUAUUAUUUCUCACGGGAAAUGAAGAACUUUGAAGACAGUAGGAAACGCUGCAAAGAAAUGGAUUCCACUCUUCUUAAGAUAGAAGAUACACAGGAACUGAACUUUAUUCAAAGCCAAAUAUCUUAUUUCUCUUGGAUUGGAUUGUCCCGUGAAGGAACAAGUAGCCCGUGGACAUGGGAAGACAAAUCAACACCCAUUAUCCAAAGUGCUUGGAGAGAGUCAGAGUCUGAAAACUGUGGAAGAAUAACACCCACAAAGAUGACUGCUCUUAACUGUUCCAGAUUAAUAACCUAUAUCUGUGAGAGGAAAAAUGUUUGUCUUGCUGCCACAUAAUGAGAACAUCAUCAACAAAACAAACAAUAAUUUUCCUUAUGAAAACCCAGAUCUGUGGAAGCUUUUUUGUUGGGUGUAUGUGUAUGGUACCCUCUGAUUGAGGUGAAUGGAAACUUAUUAGAAUGACGUGCAACAGACUCACCAAUUCUGCUCCUUUCACAUGAAGAUGAACUAACCACAUGUUAGAGUGUAAGCUGCUGAAGGAAAAGAGCACCAGCAUGUCUGAUGAGGACAAAGAACCAUAGUUCUGUCAGCAGUUCACACAACUUAGAGGUCUUCUAUAAACUUCCAGGACUACCAUGACCAUUUUGUUAGGAAGUGAUAAAAUAGUAAAGAAGGUCAUGAUUCUGUAUGAAGUGUUCUGAACUACUCUAUGAUCCACUAUCUUCUAAGAGGUACUGAAGAAAUGGAACUGUGUCUCUAAUCAAGUAUAAAUCUCCUACCUGUACCACACCCAAUACUUCUCUACUCCUUCACAAAUCCAAAGUUUGAUUCUCAAUUUCCUCAUCAGUAAAAAUCUUCCAGACUGCUUUCUGAAGUAAUUGUACCAUUUUGCAUUCCUACCAGUGACAGAGUAAAGUUCCAUUUGCCCACACCCUUUUAACAUUUAGGAUUGUCCAUCUGUAAAACCAUUUGAUAAGGGUGUAUGGUAUUUUAACCUUAAUUUGUAUUUCCCUAUGAAUAAACUAUGUAAACAUUUUUCUUGAGUUUUUCAUCAACCACACAUCUACUAGGAU